AUAUUGGCGGUUUAUCGGCGUCUGUGUCGAGCCGAGGGAAGAGAAGGGAAGCGAGACCAGCGAGCAAGGCGAUGGCGGGCACGAUCCGGAAGGUCUCGGCCGCAUCUGCAAGAGCUCACACCAGAAAGAAGACGCACGCCUUUUCCUCUUUCCUCCCUCGAGGGAUGAUAAAGAAACUUUCAGUUGUUCUUUUCAUUGGCCUAGUCGCUUGGUCAUAUCAGGCAAUCCAGCCUACCCCUCCUAAGAUAUGUGGAUCCCCAGAUGGCCCUCCUGUUACAUCAUCCAGAAUCAAACUCAAAGAUGGCAGACACUUGGCCUACACAGAAAAUGGUGUUCCAAAAGAAAAGGCAAAGUACAAGAUCGUGUUUAUCCAUGGUUUUGACUGUUGCAAAUUUGAUGUGAUUCCCAUAUCUCCGGCAUUGCUUGAAGAACUAGGGAUUUACUUACUAUCAUUUGAUAGAGCUGGAUAUGGAGAGAGUGAUCCUCACCCAAAGAUGACAGAGAAAAGCACAGCACUGGAUAUCGAAGAGCUUGCCGACAAGUUGGAGCUUGGAUCAAAAUUCUACAUUAUUGGGUUUUCUAUGGGAGGAGAGAUUGGUUGGACAUGUUUGAAAUUUAUUCCUCAUAGACUUGCUGGAGCAGCAAUAGUUGCCCCUGUUGCCAACUACUGGUGGCGUGGUUUUCCUUCCAAUUUAUCUAAGAAAGCUUAUAAUCAGCAGUUCCUACAAGAUAAAUGGGCAAUUGGGAUAGCUCAUUAUGCUCCUUGGUUGACAUACUGGUGGAACACUCAGAAAUUAUUUCCUGGAUCAAGUGUUGUAUCUCAACGUGUUGAUGGCUUUUCCGCUGAAGACCUAAAGCUUUUCCCAAAAUUUGCACCCAGAGCGUAUCAGGCACAAAUAAGGCAACAAGGAGAAUUCGAGUCCAUUCAUCGUGACAUGAUGGUUAAUUUUGGACACUGGGACUUUAGCCCUUUGGAACUUGAUAACCCAUUCCCUAACAAUGAAGGAUCUGUUCACCUAUGGCAUGGAGCAGAGGAUCUGAUUGUGCCGGUCAUCCUGUCACGCUAUAUCAGCCAAAAAUUGCCCUGGGUUCAUUAUCAUGAGCUUCCAGAUGCCGGCCACCUGUUCCCGUUGGCAGAUGGCAUGAGUGAUGCUAUUGUGAAAGCACUUGUGCUCGGAGACAAUUAGUCUCUUGUAUCAUCAGUUUCAUUAUUUCCCCAUCUUAAGAACUUGAGAGGCCCAGGUUUCUUCUCCUUUGAAACAGCAUCUUUUUUUCUGUAAUGUAAUGUCCUUUCCUGCGGUGGCCAGUAGGUAUUGGAUCAUAGUUUGUUAAUUAUAAUACACUUUUGGAGGACCACUGCAGCAUUAUUUCAAGCGUGAUAUUUAUAGCAAAACAGAAACAUGUGAUGUUUUUAGAUCAGUAGUAAAUAUAUUUUUAGCACA